AUGCAGCUCCUGACCCGGAGUCCAGAGGGGGCUGUGACUUUGCAUUUACAACGAGCUCCCAGGAGACGCAACGCUGCUGGUCUGCUGGUCGGUAGCAGGGGUGGUGGUCUGCCACCUGGAACACACUCGCCUGCCUUCUUGCCUCCGGUUUUCCCUGUGAACCCUCCCUGCCCCCGCUUGCGGACCGUGGACUCCGGAAUAAGCAGGAGCCUCUGUCUGGAGAGCAAGUCAGAGGAGGGCUGCUCCAUGUCGGAACUGAGGCUUCUCCUCCUAGGCAAACAUGGUGCAGGAAAGAGUGCCACAGGAAACACUAUUCUGGGCAAAGCUGUGUACAAGUCCAAGCCGAGUGAGCAGAUGGUGACUAAAAUGUGCCAGGAGGAGAAGGGGGCCACAAGAGAGAGGGAGGUUGUGAUCAUCGACACCCUCGAGCUUUUCUCUUCAGUACCUUGUGCCAGUGACAGGCACCGCAACAUUGAACACUGCUUGGAGCUCUCCGCUCCCAGCCUCCAUGUCCUGCUUCUGGUAGUUCCCAUUGGCUACCAUAAGCCGGAGGACAAAGAAACAAUUGAUGUCAUCUGGAAGGUGUUUGGAGCUGAAGCCAAGAGGCACAUCAUUAUUGUCUUUACCCGGAAGGAUGACUUCGGUGAUGACUCCCUACAAGAUUACAUUGAAGAUGAUGACUCUCUUAGGGAAUUGGUUCAAGACUGUGGAGACCGGUACUGCGCUUUCAACAACAAGGCAAGUGAGGGUGAGUGGGACACCCAGGUGAGGGAGCUCCUCUGCAAGAUCACGUGUUUGGUGGAUGAGAACCGAAGACCAUAUUGUGUGAAAUUCAGAAAUGAAGGCAUUGGAUUCCAGGACUCUGUGAAUGAAGCUACAUCACAGAAGGAGGACAAUCCACAUAGGCCAGAGGAGAAGCAGCUGCAGGCCACAGGAUGUGAGCAGAACCCUGGGAUGUCAGAACUGAAGGUCCUGCUCGUGGGGAAGCGUGGGGCCGGAAAAAGUACCGUUGGAAACAGCCUUCUGGGGAAGCGAGUCUUUGAGACCAAAUUCAGUGAACAGUCAGUAACCCAGAUGUUUAGGUGUAAGAGCAGAAUCUGGAAACAGAGGAAUAUUUCAAUCAUUGACACUCCAGACAUCUCACUUUCAAAGGUCCUUGAAUCAGAGCUUUCAAAACACACCUUCCCGGGCCCCCACGCCUUCCUGCUGGUGAGCCCACUGGGCUCUUUCACUGAGAAAGAUGAUGAGGCAGUGCUGGACACAAUCCGAAGCAAUUUUGGAGACAAAUUCUUUGAGUACAUGAUCGUCCUCUUCACCGGGAAGGAAGAUAUAGGGGAUCAGAAUGUAGAUACGUUCUUAAAAGACAGAAAUAAAUCCCUCAACCAGCUCAUCAAGAAAUGUAAAAACAGAUACAGCACCUUCAGUGUGACCGGAGAUGAGGAGCAAAAUGAGGUGGAUGAGCUCCCGGAAAACAUUGUGAGUGUGGUGCAGCAAAACGGAAACAAGCCCUGCUUCCUCAGAGGGAGAGAGGCCCUGAGCAUUGUCCUCGUGGGGAGGAGCGGGACUGGGAAGAGCGCGACGGGGAACACCAUCCUUGGAAGGGACAAAUUCCCCUCUCAGCUUCUAGCGCAGCCAGUCACCAAGACGUGCCAGAGCAGCAGGAGGAAGUGGGAAGGGCAGGAUGUUGUGGUUGUGGACACUCCCUCACUCCACCUGAUGCCCGGUGCUGAGGGAGGUCCAUCCCAGCUGGAGCAGGAGGUCGAACGCUGUUGGUCCUGCUGUGAAGAAGGGAGCAAGAUUCUGGUCCUGGUGUUGCAGCUGGGACGGUUCACUCAGGAGGAUGAAAACGUGGUGAGGGAACUGGAGACCAUCUUUGGAGAGGAAGUUAUGAAAUAUACGAUUGUGGUGUUCACCCGGAAGGAAGAUCUAGGAGAUGAGAAGCUUGAGGAGUACCUCAAGAACACAGAUAACAAAGCUCUUAAGAAGAUAAUUAAAAAGUGUGAGGGGCGAGUUUGUGCUUUUAAUAACAAAGAAAGUGGCCAAGCCAGGGAAGCCUAGGCAAAAGAUCUUUUGACAUUGGCCAAUGAGCUGAUAGGGAGAUGUGGAGGGCAUGGAUACCCCUAUGGUUGGGAGAAGGUCAGCAAAAUAAUGAAAAAUGCCCAGGAAAAGCACAAGCCCCCAAAUUUACUGAAGACCUUAAAAGAUAUGUUACCAUAGGUAGCUGAAAUGCUUGGGGUCUCAUUCAGUUGAAGACACCUUGAGGUUGGGGUGGGGACAUGGGAGGACUGGUGGGCUGGGAAGAGGAUCCAUGACUUUGAGGACUUGGGAGGUAGGUGCAUCUCACCUGGGAUGCUGCGGCUCUUUGUAGGUAAAGUAAAUUAUCAGGCUGGGCAGGUGGUAGGAGAUUAUAAAGGAGAAAGAAGAAAUAAGGUGGGGAAAUCUGGAAAAGGCUUCUGAGACUAGGCUGAUGUCAAGGAUCAGAAUCAAGUACAAGAGUGACCUCACCCAUGUAGGUGGACUGGUGUCAGGACAGACACCAGGAGCAAGGCCGAGGCCAGCCUGGGGUCAGAACACAGAUUAUUACUCAGGAACCAGGGGAUCCAGGUAUGUGAGAGCAGGGCACAGUCCAGCCAACCCCUGGGCAUGGCAGGAUGGAGAAGCUGGAUUCCUGUGGGCCUCCUCGUUCCCCAGGGCUGCUUGCCAGGCCUGGUAGCCCCCUGAGCUCCCGUGUCUUAACCUGGGGCAG